AUGCCCAUCAAGCCAGAUCAGCUUGCAUUUGAAUGCGAUGAUGUUGAGGGGCCACAAUUAAAUCUCUACGUCACUUUGGGAAUGCUAGCCACAUCGACCACGCUAGUUGCGUUCUGCACCCAAUUCGCUGUUGACAGUAUCGACAAUCUCAGUCAGAGAGCCAACAUCUCAAUGGCUUUUAUUGGGCUUGUAUUGCUACCCAUUCUUAACAAUGACUUGGCUCCAAUAACUCAUGCCUUGGCCGAUGAGAUGGAUCGCACUAUAGACGUCACCGUCGGGAAAUGUUUGCAAACAGCUCUGUUCGUGACGCCGCUUAUGGUGCUUUUGGCGUGGCCGAUGAAAAUCGACAAUAUGACUCUCAGUUUCAACGGAUUCGAGAUUGUAAGCUUGUUUGCGUCCGUUCUUCUGCUUAACUAUCUCAUCAUGGAGGGAGAGUCUACAUGGAUUCAAGGUGUUCUUUUAGUUGCGGAUUGGGCUUUAAUUGCCAUUGCUGCCUUUUUUGCCGAGUAA